AUGCGCACCAAACAAAUCGCUCAACGACGUCCGAUGAUGUCAAUGCCACUUACCAAUAAAGCUGCCCGGAAGUCCGCACCUGCCUUAGGAGGAGUCAUGAAGCCUCAUCGUUACCGCCCAGGAUCUGUCGUUCUCCGAGAUAUUCGAAGAUACCAAAAGUCGACGGAGCUACUCAUCCGAAAGGCGCCGUUUCAACGACUCGUCCGGCAAAUCGCUCAACAAUGGGUGAUCGACAUUCGUUUCCAGUCCGCUUCAAUCCUGGCGUUGCAAGAAGCUUCUGAAGCAUACCUCGUGGAGAUCUUCGAGCUGACGAAUCUCUGUGCGAUUCACGCCAAACGAGUCACGAUUCUCCCCAAGGAUAUGCAAUUGGCAAGGAGAAUUCGAGGAGAUCAUUUGAUUAUCAAGUACUGA